AUGUCAAAUACAAGUCCAAUCAUGGAUCUUCCAAUUACUGCAGUAAUGUCAAGUAACAAUACUACAGCAACGCAUUCAACAGAUGAAAACCAAUUACAAGCUUGUGAUUCACCUUCCGGUUCUUCAACAUCAGAGCCGCAUGAUGAUGCUUUAUUGAACCUACAACAGCCGUCCCUAGCUGAUCAGUCUUUCUUUUAUAAAUUAGACCAACUAUUACCUGAUAACCCUCUAUAUUUUAUGCAACAACAACAACAACAACAACAACAACAGCAACAGCACCAGCUACAGCAACAACAAUCGAGGCAACUCUCCCCACCUUAUCAACAGCAACACCAGAGCAAUGCCGUUUCACCAAUCCUUUCUUCACCUUCAGAGACCCAUACUGGUUUUGUGGAUCCUUUAUUACCCAGUAACAAUAAUAUUAUUAGUGAAAGUAAUAACGCUAAUGCAAAUCCCACGUUUUGGACUGGUUUUGAUAACGCUAUCCCUAAUCUUGCAAAGGAUUUCACAGAUUAUAUAUCCGCAGGAUAUCCAAUGCAACAACAGCAACAACCUACAUCACCGUUCAACAAUGCACAGUCCCAUCCAUCCCCCAAUUCCAUGAGUCAGGAAGCUCUAAAUAUCACGCCAGGAAUGCAAAUCAGAGUUUUGGGAGUCCCUCAAACAGGGGCAAAGUCGAGAGUAGAAACACAGAUUAAAAUCUGUCUUCAACUCGUUACCGAUAACGGUGAUAAAGCUCAAUGGUGGUCACACCUCAAAUUACCCGAAUAUAUGGUUGCUAAAGAUAAACUGAAGCGUCAGAUUGUCAUGACAACUUCACCUAACGGUAAACAAAUAGCUAAUGUGCCUGGUUUAGAUAAUUCGGCUAUCAAACAGGAGAAAAUGUUGUUUUUGUCUGCUCGUGUUAUUUGCGCAAGUGAUCCGAGUCGUAAAGUGGUGACAUGCUUAGGUUGCAUCCAGCGUGAACGAAAACGGAAUCAACGUAGAAAAGAGAAUAAAAUGAUGAAGCAGCAACAACAACAAACCACAGAAAGUGAUGAUAAUAUACCCAGUGGCAAUAAUGAUGAUUCUACAUCCGUUACAACAACAGCAUCUUCCUUGGCUCUUGAGGAACAAAAAGUUCUACUUUUCAAUUGUUCCGAAAUAGUUGAUUUCAGUUCAGGAGAUACUAUUUUACCUACACGUAUCACAUGUUACUGCAGACAUCACAAUGAAAGACUUGGUUUCUGUAUUUAUUUUGAAAUGCAUGAUCAUACAGGUAAAUCAGUGGCAACGGGCAUGUCACCACCCAUUAUGAUUACAGAUGAUCAUAAGUCAAAUAAGAUUAAAUCCGGAAGGAAAAGGUUUCGUACCGAUAAUGAAAAGCCUUCAAAUGCACCUAUUUUAUCGAGCCCUUUUGAUAUCAGAAGACUGCAACAUCAACGUCCACAACAGAUAGCCUCAGCAGCAACAAAUACAGUAAAUGGAGGCCAGUUUGUCAGUACAAACAAUCAUAGUAAUACCAAUAGUUUACAGCCUAUACAGCCACAACAACAGCAACAGCAAAGGCUUAAUUUUUCCUCCCCACCUCAUCAUUAUAAUAUUCAACCUCGGCCUGCCAACAUUGCUCCCAUGACUACUACAACUUUUAUUGACAAUCCUAACAACAACAGUAAUAAUGCCAGUUCCAACACUAUUGGUAACAGUACUUUACUGCCAUUACAAAAUUCAUCUACGGCAAUUGACAGUCUUAGUCGGCCUCUACUGCAACGUCUAAUCCCUAAUGAGGGUCCAACUUUCGGUGGAGUGGAAGUUACCCUUUUAGGGAGUGGGUUUAGACCUGGCCUUACUUGUAUGUUUGGUGAUGUAGCAGCUUCAAGUACGCAUUAUUGGUCUCCAAAUACAUUAGUGUGUAUUUUACCCCCUGCUUCGGAAGCUGGAACAGUAGUUGUAUCUUUUAAAGAGCAUCCUCUCAUGGUCGAUAGCAAUCAAGAUGUCACACUGUUCACUUACUAUAAUGAAAAUGACCGUGCAUUAAUGGAACUAGCCUUACAAGUAGUAGGAUUAAAAAUGACUGGUAAAGUUGAAGAUGCUCGAGAUAUUGCCAUGAGAAUUGUUCAAGGCGGUAAUGGUAGCAACAACUCUAAUAAUAGCAUUGGUAACAAUACAAGUGCCAGUCACCAACAGCACAAUAACAAUAGCAGCAACCAUCCUAUGAAUGGUCUGGAAUUUCAUAUUAUACAAGUUUUGGAGGUUAUGCGUAGAUUUCGUGAUGUUCAAACAGCGGACGUUUCCUUAACUAGUCCACAAGGUCAUACCAUGCUUCACUUAGCAUCUAUGCUCGGCUUUAAAGAAUUAACUCAGGUCUUGAUUGAUUUGGGAUGUGAUGUCAAUGUGGCGGAUAAAAAUGGAUUGACAGCUUUACAUUACGCAGCUUGGUACAAGCAAGAGUCAGUUGUCCGUAUUUUGUUGGAUGUUGGUCGCGCCGAUCCUGAUAUCUCCAAUCGAUGGAAUAAGAAGCCUCUGGAUCUGACAGAAAGUCAAUCUAUCCGAUAUAUGCUUUCGAGCCAUGUGCCUGAAAUGAGUGAUUCUGAUUUCGUCGACUCAGAUUUGGAAGAAGACGAUUAUAGCAGUUCUUCUGACAAGAUGAAUGCUGAUGUAGAUACGUCAUUUGCAGAAGAUAGUGAUUCCGAAUAUGAAGAUGACAGCAGUAGUAGCGUUUGGCUGGGUGAUUCUGAUGAAGAGAAGGAGGAGGAAUUAUGGUCCCGAGAUCAACAUAACUCCUACGAUUCUGAUUCUGAGGAAUCCAUUAUAUCAGUCACCCAACAGUAUUAUGCUCGACCUACGUUAUAUGAUAACGGUACCAAUGCUGGCUUACGCCACCGUCGUACAAAUAGACUACAACAGCAACAGCAAGUUCAACAAAGUGCACCACCUACAAUUCACUAUUUAGAGGAAACUGACAAUUUUUCUCCCUCAGCAGAUGAAAUAUUAGAUGCGGAGCCUGUCCAUGCCAUUGAGCGCGUCAUCGCUGCAUCUUCUGAUUUUGAUGAAGAUGAGAUUAUUGCUGCACCGCAGAAAAGUGACCUAAAUUGGAUGCAACGCACCUUAUCCCAUUUCCAACAGCAACCUACCGAAAAUAAUCCAACAUUCCUUCAGAAUAUUAAAAACAAUAUCCCUGCUAAACCUACCGAUUUGACAUUAAAGGCGAUCACAGACCAUAUCUUAGUACAGUUUCCAAGACCGGCUACAAUGAUUGCAAAUAUGUCCCAAGGACUGUUUGGCAAUAAUAAUGCUGGCAACGGAAUCCAUUCUAGUACACCCGCAACAGUAAUGACGCCACAAAAGACUGCCACAAAUAGCAGCAAAGAAGGUGAGCCAGCAGCAGACCAAACGUUAGCAUGGUAUAUGGCUUUAGCGUAUGCUAUGGGUGCACGUAGUUUAACAGACCAGCAACAACAAAUAACCCAAGAUAACAGUUCUACCUUGACUGCUUCCCUUUAUUCAAGUUCAUCUACAUCUACAUCAACACCACUGCAGCAGCAACAACAACAACAACAAGAAGAAGAAGAGGUCGUAGCGAAAAAGCGACGGGAUAAACGACUGUUCUCAUUCUGGGUGCCUAUGCUGUGUUUGAUGGUCAUCUGGCUUAUUUGGCAAUUCGUUUCCUCCCAUCCUGGUAUUACUGACUCCCUUAUGGGUAUCUCCGGGUUUCGAAGACAAUAUCUUUCUAUCCACUAA